UAUACAUCAUAUGUGUUAUAUUAUAAUUUUAAAUAAUGGCUAAUUCUUAAAUAAAUAAAUAAUAUUUUACGACAUUUACCGGAAAUCGGAAGUCGUGAAACAAGUCAUAAUGUUUAUGGAAACUCAAGAUGUGUCUUCCAAAUAUUGUGAUUAGAAGUAACAAGAGACAACAUUUGUACUUUUGAAUUUUGGACUUUUUUUUUUAGAACUUGAAAAAAUUUAUUUUGAUUUUUAUUCUUUUUGUACAAAACAAAGAAAAUACAAACAACCGCCCCCGAAGUGUGUCAUUCAACCAACCAUUUUGUCAAAUAUUCAGGAAUCUAUUGUUAUUCCUUUCCAAAGAAUCUACUUAAUAUUUUGUCUCCACUGUUUAUAGUAUAAUCACGAUGUCACAACUGCUGAGUAACCCACUAGUCUUUGAUUAUCCUGACAAAAGUUUUGAAAAUAAGACCCAUAUGACCUCUGAGAUUCCUCCAAAGAUUAACGUCUCUUCCGACUUUCCCCACAUUUGUGGCUUCUGUGGAAAGGGUUAUUGCAGGAAAGACAGGCUGGAUCGGCACAAACUCACUCACUCAGAAGAAAAACCUCAUAAAUGUGACUUCUGUGGCAAGGGCUACUGCCGAAAGGAUCAUUUAGACCGCCAUAAAAUUACUCAUUCAGGGGCCAAACCUCAUGAGUGCAAUUUCUGUGACAAAAAAUUUUACCGGAAAGAUCACCUCGACAAACACAGACGGACACACCUGGGCGGGAAGUUAUAUUCGUGUGAAUAUUGCGGGCGAACGUUUUCUCUGAAACUAAAUCUCGACCAACACAAACUGAUUCACACUAAUAAUGCGCAAGGUGGCAGUAGAUCUAAAAGUACAACCAACUGCAACGACCCCAGUUCUUCUUAUUGCAAGUGCAACUUAUGUGGCAAGUAUUUCACAGACAAAACUAACUUUGAGCGACACAAGACCACAAGCAAACCGCAAAUGUUCCAGUGCAUGUUUUGUGAUAAGGCAUUUGAGAUUGAAUGUUUUUUGAACCAACAUCUUCAGAGCACCCAUUCGUCUAUUGCUAUCAAUAACAAAGCCAUACAAAAGCAAAUAAACAGCUCAGUGAAUCUCAACACACCCAAUUCUCCAUCAAGUGUUUAAAAAUACAUAAUAUGAAAUUCAUUAAGAGUAAGUAUGUCAGUAUGUUAAUUGAUAAAACUACUCGCUAAUUACCAAGCUGCAAUCGCCUGACCUCUAUAACUGAAUGGCUUUCAUUAUGUUGAGAGUAUCAACUUAAAAAAAUCUAUGUGUGGCUAUAAGAAUAAGGCCUUUUUAUUUGAGGAAUUCAUUAUUAGUGUUGAAUCUGUUGCAUGGGCUGCUGGUGAGCAUUCGAGAAACGAAACCCAUACCUGAAGUGUCUUGUACCCUUUUUUUAAUUAAAAAAAAUCUUCAUGCAAUUCUCUGACAAUUUUGGCAGUUGAUUGAGAUAUGCCAGAAACAUUGUUAAAAAAGGGGAAAUUUGUAUGUUUGUGUUUUUUUUUUUUUUUUUUUUAAUUUUUUUUUCCACUUACAAGAUCACACUUAAAAAUCAAGCCUGAAAUUAUUCUUUAAAUUUGGGAAUAAUGAUCUUUUUUUAAGUUUAAAAUAAUUCCAGUUCUUUUUUUUUUCUCUCUCUUUCUUUUGUGUUUUUGUUUUUCAUACAUUUCAGUCUAUUUGUUAAAUUGUGAAAUGUGUUAGGUACCCUUACUGAAGUCAGGGUACCAGCUGGCAACUGUCCACAUAAUCAUGAGCUUUAAAAAACAUUUUUAAAAACCUUGCCACCCAUUCUCUCUGUGCAAGGCACAUUUUUAUUGAGAUUUGGUUACGAAUCUUAUUUCAAUCUUUGAAUGAUUAUUGAAGGAAAUUUCCUACAAAUGUGAAAACGCUUGGCUAUGCUACCAAAAUUGACAACAGGUCUUUCCACUUCUUAUAAAACGGGGCAAAACAAAAUGAAUAAACAUGAAUCAAGUAGCUCUUAAAAUACCUUUUGGGGUUUUCUUUUGAUCCUUCCAGUGAACUGACUUGAGCUGAACUGACUAGUUUAUAUGUUUGAAUACUUUUUAAGCACUACUUUGUUGUGUAUUGAAACAGUCUACUGAAGUCUACAUGACCCAAGUUUUUUUUUUUUUUUUGUGAUAUCAAAAUGAAAUAUACCAAACUGCUGAAUAUUCAGCUUUAAUCCAUUGCAAACACAAUUUUGUUUUGUAUUAAGACAUUGCAUUGAAUUUUGAACUACUUUUGACCCCAACACACAUAGCUGUUUAGAAAUAGAUGUUGUGCCUGGCUGAAACUCUGCCAUCAAAAGGCUAGCUUCCUAUCCAGUAUGCAAUUUAUUCUCUUACUCUUUUACAACGACAGGCAAUCCUUUACUUAGUUGCUCACCCUGUUUUACAACAGUAGCCAAAGUUUUACCCACUCCUCAGAUCAGACCUUACUACCUUCCCCCCCCCCCCCA